UGCUUAACGAAGUCGAUUUCCGUUAAUUAUACAUCGACUACACCAUUAUAAAGGAAUAACGCGCUCGUGAAAGCCGAUACCACUUCACGUGUCUUCUGCCUUUUAUCGAAACGCUAUGCCACACCGAAAUGGAAACUGCAUUACCGAAGUGAGUUCUGUAAGAAGUCUAUCAUCAGAUGAUAUCUCGUCAACAAAAGGAAAACGAAAAAAAUCGUGUUGGGCACGAGCUACAGAUCCGGCCCAUCGCCGGGGUCAACGAAUUCAGCUGCUUCAGAUGCUCGUCCUACCCUUCAUUCCCAUUCUGGCCCUUAUCGUUCAAACCGCCAACACACUUCACGAUAUUCUCAUUUAUCGCCAAGAAGUUUCUGACAUCGAAACCCAGGUGACAAUUGCUACAGAUCUAGGUAAGGUCGUGACGAGAAUGCAACAAGAAAGAUCAGAAGUGGCUUUCUACAUCUAUACAAAUGGAAACACUUUAAGGUCCAACUUAACACAAAGGUUUGAGGUUACUGAUGUAACACUUUACAACAUGACGACAUGGCCAUUGGUUUCCGUUCCAAGUGAUGAAAGCAAAACUGAAACAUACGACGUGGUUAGUCGAGAAGCUUUUCAAGAACGACUCAAUGACUUCAGAAGAAGGAUAAGUUCAGAGGAAAAAAGUAUAGCUGAAGUAAUGGCUUGGUACACGAGUGUAAACGCAGCAAUGUUGGAUCACUUAACCAAUCAAAUAAAAGAGACUGACAAUAGCGGAGUCUGGCGGUAUCUCAUCGCAUUUAAGAAUUUGUUACGCAGCAUCGAGAGCAUUGGAAUAGCUUCGGUUUAUGGAAUCAAUUACUACGGUCGAGGGACCCUCGGGGAUGAAAAUUAUGUAAGCUACAUCCGACACGAUUCAAUUGGUCGGGACCUUCUUAACGGAUCUCUCACAUACGUGCCAGGCCUCAAACAAUUUUACAGUGAUCUCACUCGAACCAUGUCCAAUUAUGGACUUAUAAAAUCUAGACGUGAGGAGAUCCUGAAGAAUCGGAAGCGGGAGCCGAGUGUCGCCCAUGCCAUGGAUUAUUUUGAUUCGAUGGCCACAUAUAUCGACGAACUUCGCAAACUUCAGCGAGAACUGCGUCGCAUGAUAAGAGAAUACGUUAACGCGAAUCUCCAGGAUGCGAGCAAUAAUGAAGUGGCCGGCAUUGCUAUAGUCGUUUUGGUCCUUGUGGUUUCUCCAAUUAUAAUAUUCCUAAUGCGAAAUGCAGUUGGUACUAUUCAGAUGUAUGCUGCAAACUUGGCUCAGAAGGCGCGUGAAUUAAAACGAGAAAAAAGAAAGAGCGACACGCUUUUAUUUCAGAUGUUACCGCCGAGUGUUGCUCAACAAUUAAAACAAACACAACAGGUCCCAGCCGAGUACUACGAAGCAGUUACUGUAUACUUUAGUGAUAUAGUCGGUUUUACGGAAAUUGCCGCAGAAAAUACACCUUUGGAAGUUGUAACAUUUCUCAACUCAAUUUAUAAACUCUUUGAUGCAAGAAUUGAGUGCUACGAUGUGUAUAAAGUGGAAACAAUAGGAGACUCCUAUAUGGUUGCCUCAGGCUUGCCAGUCAGAAACGGUGAUCAGCAUGUUUCUGAAAUCGCAACGAUGGCUCUGGACUUACUGGCAGCUUCUUCGGUAUUUCAAGUUCCGAAACGACCAGGUGAGCGCCUUCAAAUUAGAAGUGGAGCUCACACGGGACCAGUCGUCGCAGGCAUUGUGGGAACUAAGAUGCCACGGUACUGUUUAUUUGGCGACACUGUAAAUACAGCAAGUCGAAUGGAAUCCACAGGCGAAGCUCUUCGAAUUCACAUAAGUUUGGAGAUGAAAAAAGCAUUAGACGCAGUUGGUGGAUUUAGAAUCGAGCAUCGUGGUCUCGUAGACGUAAAAGGUAAAGGUUCAAUGGACACUUACUGGUUGGUCUGCAAAGACGGAGGUAUCGCCCGAGCUGCCGAAUUGGAUCUACCGACAUUUUUUGAGGACGUGCGGCCAGUUUUCAUGCGUCGUCUUCGAGAGGAAGGCAGAAUGACUCGUCUCUCCCAUCCUGAUCUUCAUCCCUUGCCUGAAAAUCCUCGGACACACCUCGAAGUAGAAACUCAGGAUUCAUCGUGCCUAGAAAUCACUCGCUCUGACACUACAAGCCAGCAAUCAGUCUCUCGAUCGCCUGGCGGCCGGAGCCGCUACUCUCAACCUAAUUUAUCUAGUUUCCUCGGUCCUUACACCGAUAAUCGAAGAGCAGAUCGACGAUUUCGGAUGUCUCAACCAGCCUUAUACCCCAGCAGCUUCUCGUCAGCUCUGGACUGCGCCGUUGGUGCUCGCCUGUCCUUUUCCAGUUUACAGGAAGAAGAAAGGGUUACCUCUAAAGAAACCGCUCAAGAUAUCUUGGGCCAGAGUCCCAACUUCUCCAGAGUCUCUCGUGGUAAUCUGCUGCGAGGUGGAAGAAGAGAAAGACUCUCGCAACCGACUCUGGUUACUGGUGACUAUUAUCCUGUUAGUUUUUCCCAGCAGAGGCUCUCACAACCAACUCUUGAAGUCGCAGGACGAGAUCUAGUAUCUUUCCUUCGUUCACCAACCUUUGCAAAACAAAAACGGUUCCCUGGACUUUCUCCUUCACCUCAAGGAACCCUGCAGCUCCCUUCAAAAAGAGAUAGACUAUCCCAGUUGGACUUUGGUUCUGUGGCUAGGAACCGAGUUCACAAAGAUUGGUCUAACUACCUGGUCAAAUUUAACCGCGACAGGUUCUCCAUUCCCGAGUUGGAGACACAGAACGAUUUGAGAGCGAUCGCUGGAACGCCAAAGCAGAGGUUUAGCCUCGAUAGCCAACUGAAUCCUCAAACAAGUAGGCGCCGUUCAAAUCUCCUGCCUAUCGCUAGCUCGCCGGUAGAAAACCCAAGCCAAAAGUUACUCGGAGCUGUACAGAAUUUCAAAGCCAAGAGUCCUACAGUCGAGGGACUCGAAAAAGUUUUGAUAGCCACGACGACUCCAAUCUUCCCUCCGUCCGAAAGAUCUCUCCCGGCUCAAAAAGCUUCUCCGUUGCUGGCUGUCUCUCCACCUUUAGUUGUCACACCGAAACUUUCGACGAGGGAAAGGCUCUCAGUUCCAGAAAUUAGAAGUGCAAGUCUUCGCAGACUUUUGGACCCGCCAAUUCUGAAGCAAAGGCACAGCAUCACUACCUGCACUGGGAGACACAAUUCUCUCUCCCUUGCACUUAGCAAGGUCUGCGAUAAGAAUAUUCUUUCAAGGAUGUCGUUUGACGAAUCUGGAGAACAUUCAAUGGAUGUAGAAAUUGAAGAAAGGCGCCGGAGUAGCGAUAUUUCGGGAAAGAAAGAAAGUUUAGGGAAAAAACUUUUUCAAGGAAUGAAAGAGAAUAUAGGCAGAAAGGAGAAUGUAGAUAAAAGAGAUAAUAUUGUACUAAAGAGAGAAAAUACACUGAAGAAUGAGAAUACAGUAAAGGAGGAACCAGUUCACAUCCAACGUCAUUAUGCUUAUACUUAUGAAACAGAAACCAAGUUUGAAGGGGGUCGAUCUACAACAGGAUUGGUUAAAGUCAACAAAGUGUCGCUGCCAAAAAAGAAAUACUUGGAGAGCAAUUUCGAUGAGAACGAGCGAGUGAUUACAACCGUAAUCGAGACUGAAAAUCCGUUGAUUUUGUGCAGCCCAAAGUACAUGAAAAAGACCCACGCUUAUGGCAGUGAUCCACCAAAGUGGAUGAAAAAGUACCUUGAUGGUGAUGCGAGUACCUCACCGAAUAAAGGGAAGAAUUCUCUUUCUUCAAAAUCUAGCAAAUCUGAUGAAAACAUCUCUUUUGAUAGUACGAAACUGAGUCCUCAAUGGCUGAGAACUUCGAACGUACCGCCGCGAACUACGAAGGUGACAAAGACCGUUGAAUCGAAGAUGAAUGUUACGAGAAUUGUUAAGAAUAAACCUUACAUCAGACUGGAAAUGGCGGAUAACUAUGAAAAUACAUCAAAAGUAUGUGAAAUCGUUACAACAGCUGUUGCAAACAGGACUGGUAGCAGUAUUUUUGGAUUUAAUAACCCGCGUCGCAGUGAUGGUGACACAGACACAGACUCAGAACCUUCCACUUCCAUUUAAACAUCUCGGUAAUUUGAAAUCGGUUCGCCUGUGAAUUGGCUAAGCUGGGAAUAAAUGUGGUGUAAAAUCUGUAUUAUAUGUCACAUAACUAUCGUUCACUAUCUUUAAUAUUAUAAAGUGACUUGUCUAUCACUGCAAUCACAUAGAUGAAAUAAAUCGUUAGUUUUGUCAAUUGUGAGAGUGAGAAUCAAUUCUACUUCUUUUCUUCGAGAUUUUAAUUAUUUUCGGUACAAAAUUUAUUAUUAUAUACAA